CCUCGUUCUUUUUUCCUUCUCGUGUGAAAGGCGCCCUGGCCAUCUGCUGUCAACUUGACGACACAACCCGACAAAACUUGUACCGAUGAAUGCCCUGCCAGCGUGUAACUCUGUCUGCGACGGCAGCUCUUGUGCCCCCGGACACGCACAGACAAGAAAGAGGAAGCGGGCCUCUGGACCCGUUGGCCCAGCACGAACUGCACGAGAAUGUGGAUGUGGGAGGGGAAGGUAUCUGUACAUGGAUUCAACAACCGACGGGGGAAUGGGGGGGAGAGAGACCUCAGGCCACGACCUCGGUUCCGCCUGAGGCCGCCGACGCUGCCGGUUGAACAAAAAAAGCUCCGGCGCUCGGGCGCUCGAGCUCGGCAUGGGGAGCCUCUGCGGCACUUUUUCGCGCGGAAGGCGAAGAGAGAGAGAGGAGGAAGAGCAGAGGCAGGAGACGAGGGGGGAAACCACGGGCAAACUCUCUGCCGCCAGGCUCCUCGGCAUCGCACCGGCGAGCCGCUCUGCGGACCACCCGUGCAGGACGCCUCGCCCGGACGCGCGGUUUCCCUGGCACGCGGCCUCCGGGCCGAGGAGGAGGAGGACGAGGAGGAGGAGGCGGCGUAGGGGAGGAGGAGGCGCAGAUAGAGCAGGAGCGAAAUGAGGCGGCGGCGGCGGCGCUCCACAAGGGUUCGGGGCGGGGGUCGAACCAGGGAGUGAAAUGGGGAACCCCCUUCAAACAAACUGCUCGGCACCACUCUCGACGUGGGGCACGAACGGCAGGCCCUUUCGGGCAAUGCCCGUGCGCGGCCCUUGCCAUCAGACAGCGUGGCACGAUCAUCGGCCAAUUCGCGGUCCACCAGCAGGCAGCAACGAGCGGAAGAACCAGGAGGGGAGGAGAGGCCAACGGCCCGAACGAGCGGGAAAGGCGAGGUUGGUGGGAAGGAGACCACAAGGAAGACGUAUAGGCGCUCAAUCCCGAAAACACGGAGCGAUCGAACGGACCUAUUCAAGCAUUGGCGACACCUCCAAACCUGUACUUCCUGUGAGCCUUGCCCUGUGAGCCUUGCGCACUCACGGCAAGCUGAGGCCAUCCGCACGGGCCAGCACACGGCAUGCCAACCCAUGGUGAAAAACACACGUCAUCAAAAACGUUGAAAUUAAAUAGGGAAGCGGCCAUUGGCGAGACGCUGGCCGCUGAAGAAGACCUCGUGACCUGCCGCUCGGGACGAUGCAACUUCCUCACCACCGUCACAAUCGCAAACAUCGUCAACAUCAAAAUCCUAUCCCCCUCAUGCGUCCGGGACGACACCGUCGUCGCCAUCGGAUAAUUAUGGUGAGAAUACACCUGCUCCACAGGUCAGACGGCUUUCCUGCACUUCCUGCUCCACAGGAUUCGUCCCUCACUGCGAUGGACUCAAAACCCUAAUUCCAAUGUGUCCAUCCGCGCCUGCUCCACAGGUCAGCCAGCCGUUCCACAGGCCACCCAGCUCCUGCUCCACAGGUUGAGCGUACUGCUCCACAAUACACCUGCUUCACUGGCCACCCAGCUUCAUAAACUCUCUCCACAACGUUGCGUCUCUCCUUGCAGCAGAGCUCAUCAUUCCCCAGGUCUACAGGACUGGGUUAUUGUUAUCACUCCGACCGCGCCGAGAGGGAGCACCCAAGACUUCCUGC